AUGUGGAGCUUAAGGGCCUUGGAUCUGUCACAUAAUUCCCUAUCUGGCCAAAUCCCUGGAAACAUCUCAACCCUGAAAGACCUGAAAGUCUUGAAUUUGUCAUAUAAUGAUUUUUCAGGAUCGGUUCCUGGUAACCAGGGAUACCGGAGAUUCCCGGGAGCAUUUGCCGGUAACCCGGACUUGUGUGUGGAGUCGUCUGCUGAAGGAUGUGAAACAGCAAGUCAAAAUUCAGAUGCUCCCAGGAAAUCUACAAAGAGAACAAAAAAAGAAAACUUGGAGGGUGAAAAUGAGAAUGUAGAGGCGGAAGCAUUUACAUUCCGAGAGCUAGCUGCCUCCACCAAGAAUUUCCGUCAAGAAUCUGUGUUGGGUGAAGGUGGUUUCGGUAAAGUUUACAAGGGCACCCUCCAGUCUACUGGCCAGGUGGUUGCUGUGAAACAACUUGACAGGAAUGCAGUGCUGGGAAACAAAGAGUUUCCUGCUGAGGUUGCCAGACUCAGUCGCUUACAGCAUCCCAAUCUGGUGAAUCUCAUCGGAUACUGUGCUGAUGGAGAUCGAAGGCUUCUUGUUUACGAGUUCAUGCCCCAGGGUUCUUUAGAAGACCAUCUACUUGGCAAAAAUGCUCAGGGAAAGCCGUUAGAGUGGGUUACUAGGAUGAAGAUAGCAUGUGGGGCAGCUCAAGGUCUGGAGUAUUUGCAUGUAAAGACCAACCCACCCAUUAUAUACCGUGAUCUCAAGUCCUCAAACGUUUUGUUGGAUGAACAAUUAAACCCGAAACUGUCCGAUAUCGGACUCGACAAGCUCGACCCUAGGACCGACAAGAUGCCUAUGCAAUCGAGGGCAAUGGGGACUUAUGGUUACAGUGCACCAGAGUAUUCAAGAUCAGGUAGACUCACACCUAUUGCAGAUGUGUACAGUUUUGGGGUUGUUCUGUUGGAACUCAUCACUGGAAGAAGAGUGAUGGACACUACUAAACCUGUUGAAGAGCAGAAUUUAGUUGCUUGGGCUCAACCGAUAUUCAGGCAACCGAGAAGUUUCCCGGAAAUGGCUGAUCCUUUGCUCAAGAAGCAAUUCCCUGAAAGGGACAUGAAUCAAGCUGUCGGGAUUGCAGCCAUGUGUUUGCAGGACGAAGCCGCUGCCCGCCCUUUGAUGAGUGAUGUUGUGACAGCCUUGAGUUUUCUUUCCAUGGCCAAAAAUGACCACUCUGAUCCUUCCAAUCUCCCUCCCUCCAUCUUAUCCAAGCUGCAACUCCAGGAGUGUAGCGAUGACGAAUCGGACCAUGAUGACUGUGACAAUGACGAUGACGAUCACGGUAACAGUAGCCGUAGCAGUAGCUGUUUUAUGGUCUAUUAGUAUGCU